ACACAUUGCUUCUGAUUUUCCGUCCCUCUCUCUCACACCCUGACUGUCUCCUCACUUGCUUUCACACUAUUUGUCUCCUCGACUAUCUCCCGUACAUACACACACACACACAACACACACACUCUCUCUCUCUGUUUAUGUGUUUCUCACGCAUGUCUCUCCCUUGCUCACACACAUCUUUCUUUCUCUCUCCGCAUGUCUUUCUCUGAGACUGUCUCUCUAAUCUCUCUUACAUUCUUUACAUUCUGUCUGACUGUUUUUGUUUCCGAUUUCCACUGCCUCUCUCAAAUCCACGACUUGGUCUCCUCUGUUCGACAACUGACUGACAUUCCUAGUGUAGGUUGGUUUGUUAGAAUUUUAACUACCAUUAAGCGUAAAUACGGGGUGUGUCCGCUCAUACACAUACACACGCUCACAAACACAAACACACAUGAAUGACUGAGUGCUUAUAUGUGUGCUGUUAAGUAGUUUAAGAAGGUAUACCACUAUCACCAUUCCGCCGCUAAGCUACCACCUCCAACACCACAACCCCAACAUUAUCAGCAGCUGUAGGAACGACAACAGUUAUACAGCACUUCAUAGUUGAUAAUUUGUUUUAUAGUUUUGUCACCCAGUUACGAGACGAAGCUACUUUUUAAAAACUAGCUUGACAUUCACGUAGUUUUUGAUCACACCACGCUAGAUAAUAUUCAUCCUAUAUUGUUAAAGAAAGAGAUCAUUAAAAAUGGUUGUUACCAAAAGUGAAUAUUUAGCUCGUGUGCAGAGCGAAUUGAGCAGAUACAGGUACUUCGAGAAAGAACCAACUCCACAGUUGCUCGCCGAAGUUCAAAGAAAAUGCUCUACUCUAUCAAUUCCGAUACCACGUGACGACAAAGGAGGCAUAUUGCCAUACCCGACUACUAAAUCUAAAAAGGAAAUAUUUAACCGAGAGAAAUACUCCGAAGUUGACAACCAUGCUCUGAAGGCUCCAACUGAACUUCAUGCCGCUGAGCUCUCUGAGCUGGUAAGUUACUUAUUGAAACCAGCCAAAACUGAUGUGGCCAAAGUCCGUGUUAUAUUUCGAUGGAUUUCUGGUCAAGACUUACUACGAUACAAACACAUUCAUGCUCCACCGAAGGAAUCUGCUGCUAUGUAUCUGAAUGAUUUGAAACAAAACAAAGGAAGCUACGAAUCACUCUUUCGCCAAAUGUGCAAAUAUGCCGGGAUACCAUGUGAAAAAAUUACAGGCUAUGCGAAAGGUGUUUCUUACAAUGUUGGUGAAGACAUUGGAGACACUGCUCGCAACACCUGGAAUGCUGUACUGGUGGAUAAGUCCUGGCGCUUGAUUGACAUGCAAUGGGCAUCAAGACAAGUGGUUACGCAAGACAAAGGCGAAUGGGAACUGAUUGACGAUGGCACUGGCUCAAAACCAGCCAAAAGUGAAGACAGUGAUGUCAGCUAUGAUAUAUAUGCUUACGAAGAAUUUUAUUUUCUUACUGACCCAGAAGAAUUUGUAUACAGCCAUUUCCCAGAUGAAGAAGCAUGGCAGUUACUUGCUCGACCAAUGACUUUCGAAGAAUUCCAAAAAAUUGCCUACUUGAGAUCAAAGUUCUUUGAGCUCUCAAUGACAGUGAUGUCCCAUCCAUGGUGUGUACUUCAAGCAGUAAAUGGCGAAGCUAACUUGGAUAUGGGAUUCAUUUCCGAUACUAUGAAGUUUUCCUACAACCUAUAUCGCUCCACUAAAGUCGAGCAUAAACAGAUUCAAGGAAACGUUGACAUGGACAAGUUUCUCUUCCUUGAAACAAUACCCGACGACAAAACACUAAGUGUAGAAAUUUUCUUCCCGACAACUGGAAAAUUUAAAGCCGAAAUCUUUGGUCGUGACACGAACGAAACCGAUACAGUCUUGAAGUGGCUUUGCACCUAUGUAUUUUAUUGUGAAACUCCCAAGACCAAUUGCAGACCGCUUCCCCAAAACCCUAGGAAAGAGUGGGGUCCUGGCUCUGAUACCAUAAGUAUGGGUAUGGAAGCUAUAACUCACAAGAGGGGCAAAAUAAACGUUGAUGAUGGUGAAGUUGAAGUGAAAUUCUCUCUCAACAAAGAUCGAGACUUUCUUCAUAAACUAACCACAGAAGACAACAAAACCCUGGACAAUUACACCGUUCAUCGGAUAGAGAAUGGAGAAGUUAUUUUUCACGCUCGUGUUCCUGGCAAAGGUCAGUAUAUGUUGAGCAUCAUGGCAAAAGAAGACGAUGAAGAAGGGGGUUAUCCAAGCGUCUGCAAUUACCUAUUGAGAUGUGAUGAGGAAUUUCCUCCUCUCGAGCCGUUUCCUGAAAUACCUAACGGAGAACUUGGCCCAACAGAUGAAUUCAAGAAACUUGGUUUGGCUCUUGUUGAGAAUUGUUCUGCUAUGGUAACAGUCGAUAAAACUGGACAGUUAUAUUUCAAGAUGAAAAUCCCUAAAACUGUUGAAUUCUUUGCUAAACUAGGUCUUUUAAUUGAUGGAAAUGUAGAAGACAAAUCUGAAUAUGUUUCCUGGUACAGGGAGGGAGAAAUAGUUACUUUUGAACUUCGCUUUGGACAGAAAGGAUCAUAUCGCUUCAAUCUUUUUGCCAAACCUGCCGGCCAACCCGGUGGGUUUCCCAGGGCGUUUAGCUCCAUCAUCGAAGUUCCUAUUCCGAUGAUGGUAGCUAUGAGCUUCCCUGAGAAAUACGCCGGCUGGACGGACGAGUGCAAACUGAUUGAACCGUUUAAUAAAAAUUUGCCCUCCAAAGAUAAAGUGGAUUUUGCUGCCGUGGUGCCCAAUGCUAAAGCUGUUGCAGUAGUGGGUAAUGAAUGGACACAGUUAAAGAAAGACAAAGAUGGGGUUUGGAAGAACUCAGUUGCUACCAUUGAAGAAGGGAAACCAAUGUUUUUGUCAGCUAAAUUUGACGAAGCUGGGAAUUCAUUUUCCCAUUUACUGAAAUAUGAUGUAAUAUCAAAAGAAAAAAUGGAUGAAAUUGCAAGAGACCAGAAAAAGGCUCACAGCGACGCCGAUGCUGAAUACCAUGAGAGAACGAAAAUGAAGGAAACCCUGAAGAAAAAAGCUGAAGAAAAACGUAAACAAGAAGCUUUGGAAAAGAGAAGACGAAUGGAACUACAAAUAAUGGAAGAUGGCGAAAAGAAACAGAUCGAAGAAAGGUUAGACUUUGAAGAAGCUGGUAAAACAUUAUCAAGCAGCGACAGUACAGCUCGACGUCUGGAAGAAGAACGGAAGAAAAGAGAGGAAGACAGAAAGAAAAAAGAUGAGAAAAUUAGGAAAAGAGAAGCUGACAUUAUUCAGAAAAGAGAUUCUCGUUCUCCUGCUACUCCUGAAGAUUCCUACUUUGGAAGGCCGUCUUCAACUCGAGGUUCAAAAUCUGCAGAUGCUUUGCGUGAUCAGUUGAAGCUGGCAAUUAAACAGAAAAACAAAGUCAAUUUAGAAAGAGCUAUUGCAGAAUGCGAAGCGGCUAAAUUACCAGAAAUUGAAGCUGAUCUCUACCAAGCUAAAUCCUUUCUCAACUCUCUCGAUAGUGGACGUCCAGCUUCUGCAUCUCCAGAAACUUUGCGCGACCAAUUAAAACGAGCUAUUAUCCAAAAGGACAAACCCAAUCUUGAGAAGGCGAUUGAAGAAUAUGAAGCUUCUGGCAUCCGUUCUGCAGAUGAUGAUUUGCAGAAAGCCAAAUGUCUUCUGGAAACACUUGGAGGAGGCAGAGGUGGAAUUAAAACUCCUGAAUCGCUACGAAAAAAUUUGGAAACUGCUUUAAAGAAAAAAGAUGUAAACCUUUUGGAACAAGCAAUAAAUGAAUGCAAGAGUAGUGGCUUUGCAGAACUUGAUUCUCAUAUAGACCCUGCUCAAGAAACAUUGGAGAAUUUGAAAAAUAACCUGAGAGGAAAUACUCUCAAAAACCUGCAAAGUCAAAUUCGUACAGCGAUAAAACACAAGAAUAAACCAAGACUAGAAAGACUUGUUGAUGAGUGUGAAUCAUCAGGAUACGAAGAGCUACAACCGGACAUUUUAAUUGCAAAGGAAAUUUUGGAAGAGCUUGGAAACACGCGUGAAGGAGCGAAAUCUCCGGAUCUCUUUCGUGACCGGCUCAAAUCAUCAUUAAAAUAUCAAAAUAAGCCAAGAAUGGAGAACGUGAUAUCUGAAAUGGAAGGAGCCAAAUAUCCCGAGUUAUUUAACCAACUUCAUGAAGCUAGAGCAUUUCUGGAUGCAUUAUCAGAGGGUGAUAAAGGAUUAUCGGUUGAAUAUUUGCGUGAAGCCUUGAAGAAAGCAAUGAGAAAAAAAGAUAAAGAGAGUCUAGAAGAAACCAUUGAAAAAUGCGUAGAGUUCAAUUAUCCUGAGUUAGAAUCUGAAAUACACCACGCUAGAGAUAUUUUGGAACUUAUGCGCACUGGCCGAGCAGGUUCUAAAUCACCAUUUGCUUUGCGGGAACAACUGAAUAAAGCGAUAGAUGAAAAUGACAUUGAUGCUUUACAGAAAACUAUUGAAGAGUGUGAAGAAACCGGAUAUGCCGAGCUUGGAUACGACUUGAGUCGAGCGAGAGAUAAAUUGCAUAGUUUAGGAUGUGGUAAAGGAGGUACACAAACACCUGAUUCGUUUCGUGAAAAACUAAAAUCCGCAAUGAAGUUAAAAGAGAAGCAAAAACUAGAAGAAGCGAUUAACGAAUGUGUAGCAGCGGGAUUUUCGGAACUUCAAACAGAUAUCCAUGAAGCAAGGGAUAUGUUUUAUGUUCUUGGUGGAGGUGUUGGAGGUAUUGAGACUCCCCAGAACUUACGCGAAAAAUUGAACUCAGCAAUAGAAAAGAAAAAUGUUGAAGAUCUUAAAAGUGUUAUUGCAGAAUGUGAACAGAUUGGUUAUCCAGAACUUGGAGCGGAAUUGUCUAAGGCUCGUGAUACGUUGGAAAGCUUAGGUGGUGGCCGAGGAGGAAUCAAAUCUCCUGAUGAAUUACGUAAGAAAUUAAUGGCCGCAAGAAACAAUGACGAUAAGUCAGAGCUUGAACGAAUUAUUCUUGAAUGCGCUGCAGCUGGAAUGCACGAAUUAGAAGCUGAUAUACAAGAAGCAAGAGAUAGCUUAUAUUUGUCAGGAGCAGCAUUGCAAGGUCAGAACUAUGCUGAAGCAUUACGUCAUCGCCUGCAAACUGCAAUUACAGACCAGGAUAAGAGAGCAUUGGAAACUUUAAUCUAUGAAAGUGAAAAUGCUUGUUUACCAGAACUUGGCUUUGAGGUUUACAAAGCCAGAGAAAUGCUUGAAAGUUUAGGAGGUGGUUCUGGAGGAUAUUUAUCUCCUGACAUCCUUCGUAAGAAGCUUAAGGCGGCUAAAGAAAGAAAAGAUAUUGAUGACCUAGGAAGAAUUAUAAAUGAAUGUGUAGCAGCUGGCAUGCCGAAGUUAAGUUCCGACAUCAUUGAUGCCAGAGAGAGCUUAGAUAUUCUCUGUGGGGGAACAGGAAAGAUGAAACCCUCCGAAAUUUUGCAUAAUGAGCUAAGGGAAGCAAUAUCAAGUAAAAAUAUAGACAACCUGAAUAAAUCUAUUGAUGAGUGUGAGGCUGCCGGUUAUCUUGAAUUAAGCCACGAUUUAAAGAAAGCUAGAGCUACACUGGAAUCGCUUGGUGGAUGUUAUGGAGGUUCCAAGACACCAGAUAUUUACCGGAAUAAAAUAAGAACUGCAAUUAAAGAAAAAGAUAAAUCGGCAUUGGAAAAAGCCAUUAACUCUAGCAUAGCUUUAGGCAUGCCAGAGUUGGAUUCUGAAAUACUCCAAGCGAAAAAAGCACUAAAGCGUUUGAAACAAGACUUUAAAGCACGUAAACCCGUUGAAAUUCUUAGAAGUGAGUUACAAGAAGCUACGAGAAGCAAAGACAAAUCAAAUUUGGAAAAGCUUAUUGGUGAAUGUGAAAUAGCUGAAUAUCCUGAAUUAAGCAUCGAUCUAUGUAAAGCGAGAGAUGCCUUAGAAAGCUUAGGUGGUGGUCGUGGAGGAUCUAAAACAUCUGCUACUCUUCGAGAGAAAAUUAAGACAGCUGAGGAAAGAAAAGAUAUUGAUGGUCUAGAGAAAUGUAUAAACGAAUGUUUAUCGGCUGGCAUGUCCGAUUUGGAUUCUGAUAUCAGUCGUGCUAGAGAUAGUUUACAUGUUCUACGUGGAGAAUCAGGAACGGCGAAGAGCUCUCAAGAUUUACAGGACAAAUUGUCGAAAGCAAUUUUAAGUAAAGAUAAAGAGAGCUUAAGCAAAUCUAUUGACGAGUGUGAAGAUACUGGUUACCUUGAAUUGAGCCCCUACCUGAAGAAUGCAAGAGAUAUAUUAGAAAGUCUUGGUGGAGGCCGUGGAGGCCUUAAGACACCGGAAAUAUUGCGUCAAAAACUUGAAAGUGCCAGGAAUCAGAAUGACAAACAACAUUUGGAAAAAGUAUUAAAUGAGUGCAUUGCUGCUGGUAUGCCAGAACUGGACAAUGAUAUUGAGUUAGCUAGGAAUGAUCUCGAUUACAUAGGAUAUGAUGUUAGAGGAAUAAAAACCCCUGAAACUUUACGCGAUGAAAUAAAAUCUGCGGUUAGACUGAAAGAUAAAAAUGCUCUGAAAAGGCUCAUUGAUGAAUCAGAGAAAUGUGCAUUUCCAGAAGUUGCAGGUGAUCUACGAAGAGCUAGAGAUACACUGCAAAGUCUCGGAGGAGGUCGUGGAGGAAGUCUAACUCCAGAUGACCUUCGUAAGACUUUACAGAAUGCAGUUGCACAAAAAGAUAAACCUGUAAUACAAAGGGCAAUUAGUAAAUGCAUUGCAGUUGGUAUGCCAGAACUUGACAAUGAUAUUCUUCAAGCUAGAAAAAUGUUGGAAAUACUCAAAGGAACUUCGGGAGAUUUUAAACCACCCAAUGUUUUACGAGAUCAAUUAAAGAUGGCAAUGAGGCAGAAGAACAUUCCUGCCUUGCAGAAAGCAAUACAGGAAUGCGAAGCGGCUGAGUAUCCGGAGAUAGGGACCGACCUCCGAAAAGCCAGAGAAACUUUAGAAAGCCUAGGAGGUGGUCGUGGAGGAACUAAGUCACCUGAUUUGUUACGUGAGAAACUGAAACUGGCAAUGAGAAAGAACGAUCAAGAUUUAAUUAUGGAUAGUAUUAAUGAGUGCAUAGCAUCUGGUUUUUCCGAAUUAGACGCUGAUGUACAGAAAGCGCGUGAUACUGUGGGAUAUUAUCAGGAAACUGAGGAUCAUAAGUCACCCGAAAAAUUACGAGACGAGUUAAAUGCAGCCAUGCGGCAGAAGGACAGAUCAAGUUUAGAACGUUCUAUAUCUGAAUGUGAAGAAGCUGGAUAUCCUGAGAUCAGUUCAGAUUUGAGCGAAGCUCGAAAUGCACUGGAGAGUUUAGGUGGAGGUCGUGGAGGACUAAAAAAUCCCGACAGUUUACGUGGCAAGCUGAAGAUGGCAGUAAGAUGGAAAGAUAGACCUCAUUUGGAAAGCGUUAUAAAUGAAUGUGUAGCAUCGGGUUUUCCAGAGCUGGAAACAGAGGUACACGAAGCUAGAGAUGUACUUAACCUACUUGAAGGAGGAGUUGGAGGUAAAAUGUCACCGAAAGAUUUACGUGAUAAACUCAAACAAGCAGUCAACUGGAAAGAUAGAUUACAUUUGGAGAAAGCCAUUGAUGAAUGCGAAGGUGCUGGUUACCCUGAACUGGGUAGCGAUCUUCGUAGGGCACGAACAACUUUGCAAAGCAUAGGAGGUGGCCUCGGAGGACAUAAAACCCCAGAAGAUUUGCGUGAAAAAUUGGAGUCUGCAAUGUUACAGAAAAACAGACCGACUCUGGAAAGAAUUAUUAAUGAAUGUGUUGCCUCUGGAUUUCCUGAAUUGGAUUCUGAUAUAAGCCGAGCUAGGGACCUCUUGAAAAAGUUAGGUGGUGGUCGUAGAGCUCACAUGACUCCCGAUGCAUUGAGAAGUCGGUUAAAAAUGGCCAUCGAUGAAAAAGACCAAGGCAAAUUAGAAGCUGUUAUUAUUGAUUGUGAGGAAGCUGUCUAUCCAGAACUAGGGUCGGAACUUCGAAAAGCUAGAGAUACUUUGGCGAGUUUGGGCGGUGGACGAGGAGGUGUAAAAAAUGCAGAAGCCAUUGCGGAUAAGAUGAAGCGAGCUAUUAGACGAAAAGACAGACUAAGUUUGGAAAGAAUUAUAAAUGAGGCAAUUGCAGCAGGAUUGCCGGAAUUAGACGAAGAAAUUGAAAAUGCUCAACAAAUUUUAGGUCAACUGGACAAUACAACAAAAGAUUCUAAAUCUCCUGACGCACUCCUUGCCUGGCUGAAAGACGCUUCUAGACAGAAAAAUGUUCAAGAAUUGGUAAAAGCUAUUAAUGAGAGUGAAAAGGUCAAGUCUCCAGAGAUUUCUUUUGCUCUUCGUAAAGCCAGGCGUGUUCUGCAAAGUUUAGGCGGACAUAGUGAAGAUGCUAAGACUACAGAGAACCUUUCGGAAAAACUAAGAAAUGCAAUUAAAGAGAAAGAUAUCGUAAAGUUAGAAAAAACAAUUAAUGAUUGCGUGUCAGCUGGUAUACCAGAACUUGAUUUCGAUAUACAAGAAGCCCGAGACCUUCUCAGCAUAUUACAAGGUGGAGCAGGAGGUUUCAAAAGCCCUCAUAUAUUGCGAGAAGAAAUGAAGCAAGCACGUCAAAAACAAGACAAAGAAGCUUUAGAAAUAGUGAUUAAGGAAUGUGAAGCUGCCGGAUACCCGGAACUAAGCUUUGACCUGCAAAAAACAAAAUACAUGUUACGGUCUGUUACUGGUGGUCGUGAAGCCCUUGCUAGCGCUGAAGUUCUGAAGGAGGAAAUAGAAUCAGCUGUUGCACAGAAAUCUCGUUCACGUUUAGCGAGAUUAAUUGAAGAAUGCGAAUCUGUUGGGUAUCCUGAACUUAGUCACCAUCUACGUCGUGCACGCGACGCAUUGGAAAAUUUAGGAGGCGGUAGAGGAGGGAGUAAAUCGGCUAGUGAGCUACUUGAAAAAUUAAAAAGUGCCAUUGAAGGAAAGAAUGUAUUAGCUUUAGAUAAAGCUCUAAGCGAAAGUGUGUCUGCUGGAAUGCCAGAACUCGAUUUUGAAAUCCAACAUGCCCGGAACGUAUUAAAUAUUCUAGAUGGUGGAUCUGGAGAUCUUAAAUCCGCAGAUGUUUUACGAACCGAACUAGAUAAUGCUAUAAAAGACAUGGAUAUACCACAACUGGAGAAAGUUAUCAAAGAAUGCGAAGAUGCCGGAUUUCCGGAACUUGGUUACGACCUACGUCGUGCAAGAAACACUUUGAAGAGUUUAGGGGGCGGUUACGGAGGCAGUAAAACAGUUGAAACUUUAUCGCAAAGACUUGCUGUCGCGGUAAAAGAAUGCGACCCGGAAAAAAUACAGAAAGCUAUAAACGAAUGUUUGGCAUCAGGUUUCCCGGAACUUGAAACCGAUGUGAAAAAGGCCAGAAAAUUCCUCCGAAGUCCUCACUUUUAUGACGCAGAAACUCUACGGACCAAACUAGUUACAGCAAUGAAACAAAAAGAACCUGGAGAACUAGCUAAAGCUAUUAGGGAAUGUGAGAGAGCCGAGUAUCCUGAACUAAACAGAGAUCUUCGGAAAGCCAGAGACUUACUUAAAUCCCUUGGUGGCGGCCUCGGAGGAACAAAGACACCUGAUUGUUUAAUAGAAAAACUGAAAUCAGCUCGAGCAAAGAAGGAUAGAGAUUUAAUUAAAAAUACGAUAAAUGAAUGUGUAUCGGCUGGAAUGUCAGAACUGGACAAUGAAAUACAACUUAGUCGUGAAACUCUCGAUAUUAUGGAAGGUGGCACAGGAGCUACAAAAGCUCCUGAUGUAUUGGUCAGUCAACUGAAAAGUGCUACAAGACAAAAAGAUAAGGCAGCUCUAGCAAAACUUAUCAUUGAAUGCGAAGAAGCAGGUUAUCCAGAGAUUGCCAAUGAUCUUUGGAAAGCUAGAGAAACUCUUCAUAGUAUUUGUGGAGAAUAUGGAGGAACAAAGACACCAAGAACCCUACUUAACAGACUCAUAAAAGCCAUGGAAAUGAGAGAUAAAGAUGCUUUGGAAAAAAUUAUAAACGAAUGCGUUGCCUCCGGGUUUCCUCAACUGGAUGCAGAUAUACAACAAGCCAGAAAUAUUUUGGAUGUUCUUGAGUUUGGCUCCGGAGAGACUAUUCCGUCUCGAACUUUGCGCGGUCAGUUAGAAACGGCUAUGGAGGAGAAUGACAAAGAUAAACUAGAGAAAGUUAUCCAAGACUGUGAAGAUGUACUAUAUCCUGAAUUAGGUCUUCCAUUGAGUGAUGCUCGUGAUAUGCUGGAAAUAAUGACAGGAAGCCGUGGAGGAUCCAAGACACCAGAAACUCUUCUUGAUAAGCUUAAGAAGGCUGUUUGGCGUAAAGACAGAAAGAAAAUAGAGAAACGAAUCAAUGAAUGUGUUGCAGCAGGUUUUCCCGAAUUAGAUCAAGACAUUCAGAAAGCUCGAGAAUUAUUGGAAGAAUUAGGUGAAAGCUAUGAAGGAACAAAAUUGUCCAAUGCACUUCGUGACAAAUUGAAAUCUGCCAUGAAACGCAAAGACAAAGCUGCUUUGGAAAAUGCUAUAAUGGAAUGUGAAGUAGCUGCUUAUCCAGAACUCAGUUUCUACUUACGUCGGGCUCGCGAGGUUCUGGAAAGUUUGAGUGGAAGCACUGGAGGGAUAAAAACUUUUCCAAUACUCCUUGACAAACUGAAGAGAGCAAUGAAGAGAAAAGACAGGGCAAUUUUGGAACGUGUUAUUAAUGAAUGUGUGGCAGCUGGAAUGCCUGAACUUGAUCCUUGUAUUCAGGAAGCACGGGAAUUGCUUUCUUCUUUGAAAGGAACGUCUGGAGCUUUUAAAAGUUCUGACGUUUUACGAGAACAACUGGUAACAGCCACCAAAGAGAAAAAUAGAGGAAAAUUACUUGCUGCUAUCGAAGAAUGCGAAGAUGCGGAAUUUCUAGAAUUAAGUGCAUAUUUACGAAAAGCCAGGGAAACAUUGGAAAUGAUGGGUGGUGGUGCAGGAGGAUACAAAACUGCCGAUACCCUGCGAGAAAAGCUAGAAAAUGCGAUAGCAUUAAAAGAUAGGUCGAUUCUGGAGCAAGUUAUCAAUGAAUGUAUAUCAUCUGGCUUCUCCGGAUUGGAUGCUGAUAUACAAACAGCCAGAGAUCUCUUAGAAACUUUAGAAUUCCAGGAUGAAGACAUAGAAGAAGAUGUUAAGUCUCCCGAAUCAUUACGCUAUGAACUUGAAACUGCGAUGGAGCAAAAAGAUAUGGGCAGUUUAUUACAGGCCAUAACUGAAAGCGAAAUUAGCGGAUAUCCUGAAUUAUCGAGUCAUUUACGUCAAGCUAGAGAUGUUUUAGAAAGCAUCGGUGGCGGACGAGGAAUGAAAUCUCCUGAAAUUCUGCGCGAAAAAUUGAAAGACGCCCUCAGUAAAGGAGACAAGUCUACCAUAGAAAAUGUGAUUGUUGAAUGCGUCGCUCACGGUAUGCCAGAACUGGAUUCCGAUAUAAAUAAAGCAAGAGAAAAACUAGAAAAAAUACGUGAUAUAUCAAGAGGACCAAGUCUUCCCACUCCUGACGCAUUACGUGAAGAACUCAAGAAAGCGACACGACAAAAGGAUAAGCGAGCUUUGGAAAAUAUUAUUGAUGUUUGCGAGACUACCGGAUACCCUGAACUUGGGCCAGACCUUUGCAGAGCUAGAAAUGCAUUGCAACAGAUUGGAGGUGGUCGAGGAGGAUCACUGUCUCCAGACAUAAUGAAACGAAAAUUAAAAGAUGCCAUGACUGAAAAAGACAAACGAAAUCUAGAUCGAAUUAUUAAUGAAUGUACUGCAGCAGGUUUGCCAGAGCUGGAAAUGGAUUUACAAAAAGCCAGAAGAUUGUCAAACAUCCUUGGAGGUGGUACUGGAGAUAUUAAGUCUCCAAACGAACUACAUGAUCAGCUGAGUAUGGCGGUUAGGAAGAAAGAUAUCGAUACAUUGAAUAAAGCAAUAAUGGAAUGUGAAGCCGCUGGCUAUCCAGAGCUUGAUGCUGACAUCCGCAAAGCCAGAGUUGCACUGAAAAACCUUGGUGGUGGUAGUCGAGGAGGAAGUAAAUCACCAGAAGCAUUACGACGAAUGCUAUCAGACGCUGUGCAACAUGGAGAUAAAGACCAGUUAGAAAGUGCAGUAAACGAAUGUGUAGCAGCUGGAUUGCAAGAACUAGACACAGAUGUGCAGCAAGCAAGAGAAGUACUCCACCACUUACGUGAAAAGCACCGACCAGGUUCGAGAUCGCCCGUUUCUUUACGUAAUGAACUAAAGGAAGCAACCAAAGAAAGAAACAGGCCACUGCUUGAGAAACUAAUACGUGAAUGUGAAGAAGCCAAAUAUCCAGAACUGAGUUCUGAUUUAAAGCAAGCCAGAGAUACUCUGAAGAGCCUGAGUGGAGAAAGUGGAGGAACAAUAUCUGAAGAUACGUUAAGAGACAAACUUGAAGAUGCAGUGAAAACUAAAGAUAAAAGUGAAUUGGAUAGAGUUAUCCGAGAAAGUGUAGCAGCCGGCAUGCCAGGACUGGAUGCUGAUAUACAAAAAGCAAGACGUGUAUCAGAUAUUCUUGGUGGUGGCUCUGGAGAUGUAGUACCUUCAGAUACAUUGCAGAGUCAGUUGGCUCGUGCUAUUCGUCAGAAAGAUAUUGGUGAACUGAAGAAAGCCAUCGCAGACUGUGAAAAAGCUGGUUAUCCAGAACUAGCAGCUGAUGUUUGUAAAGCUAGGGAUACUCUAGAGGCUCUUGGUGGUGGUCGUGGAGGAAGUAAGACACCUGACUCUCUGCGGACCAAUCUCAGAAACGCUAUGAGGGAAGGUGACAAAGGCAAAUUAGACAGAGUAAUUAACGAAUGUGUUGCUGCUGGAAUGCCAGAACUAGAUUCUGACAUAGAACGUGCAAGGAAUGCUCUUGAAGAUAUGAAGCAAAGCAGUACAGGGGUUAAAUCACCUGAGUCUCUUCGUGAACAAUUAAAAGCAGCCCAAACAGGAAGAAAUAAAGAAAAAUUGGAAUACAUUAUCAGCGAAUGUAUUGCGGCAGGGUUUCCAGAAUUAAAUUCUGAUAUUUACCAAGCCAGAAUUGUAUUGAAAGACAUGGAAAUGAAUCCAAAGCAAGAACCUUCUUCUGCUGAUUUUCUACGUGAUGAACUGAAGAAGGCAGCAAAAAGUAGAGACAAAUCUGCUUUGGAACGUAUAAUCGGAGAAUGCGAACAAGUAGCUUACCCUGAAAUUGCCUUUGAUCUUAUGGAAGCUAGAGAAAUCUUAAAAGAAAUGAGUGGAAGCCAUGGAGGAAAUCUAUCCAUGAAUACUUUACGUGAAAAGUUGAAAGACGCAAUAAAAGAAAGAGAUAAAACGGUGUUGGAUGAUGUAAUAGGGAAAUGUGUGGCCUCUGGGAUACCGCAAUUACAAGCUGACAUCCAUCAGGCCAGAAAAGUAUCAGAUAUUCUCGAUGGUGGUACUGGAGACUUGAAAUCUUCAAACAUAUUACGCGCACAAUUACAAGAUGCGGUUCGGCAGAGAAACGUUUCUGAUUUGGAUAACAUUAUUCAAGAGGCGGAAAAUUUAGCAUAUCCAGAAAUUGCCACUGAUCUUCGUCAUGCAAGAGAGACUUUGGAAAAUCUUGGAGGGGGACGUGGAGGAAAACUUUCACCUGACAGUCUUCGGAAAAAAUUAAGAGCUGCAGUUACUCAAGGUAACAAAAAAGAAUUAAGACGUGUCAUUAGUGAUUGCGUUGCUGCUGGAAUGCCAGAACUAGACAACGAUGUGGAAAAGGCUAGACAAAUUAUGCAAGAUUUAGUUGACUUCAGUGAAGAAGAUGCAAAAACACCAGAAGCUUUACGUUAUCAACUAAAAAAAGCGAUUAAAGAAAAAGAUGUUUCUUCAUUAAAAAGAUUAAUUCGAAUAUGUGAAGAAGUUUCGUAUCCAGAAUUAGCGAUUGAUCUUCGAAAAGCCAGGGAUACGUUGAAUAGCUUAGGAGAAGGCCUAGGAGGCACUAAAUUAUUUGAAAAUCUCCAUGAAAAUCUUAAGGAAGCAAUUAAAAUGAAGGAUGCCCGAUACUUAGAAAAAGUUGUUAGAGAUAGUGUGGUUUCUGGUAUGCCAGGACUCGAAGCUGAUAUUCAAAAGGCCAGGAACAUAUUAGAUAUUCUUGGAGGUGGCAGAGGAGAUCUCAAAACACCGGAUAUUCUACGAGACCAAUUAGAAAUUGCAAUUCGUCGUAAAGAUAUUCCUAGUUUGGAGAAAAUAGUUGCAGAAUGUGAAACUCUAGGCUACCCUGAACUCGCUACAGAUUUGCGAAAGGCAAGAAACACUUUGGAAAGCCUUGGAAGAGGUCGAGGAGGGUUGAAAACUCCAGAAAUGAUGCAAAAACGAUUAGAGCUAGCAAUGAAAGAUAGAGACAAAGAAAAGCUAGAAGCUGUUAUUGAUGAGUGUGUAGCUGCAGGCAUGCCAGAAUUGGACUUGUUGAUAAUCCAGGCUAGAGAUACACUAGAAAACAUGGAAGAAUAUCCCCAAACAGGAUCCAGAUCACCUGAGACAUUACGCAACCAGCUUAGGAAAGCAACUAAGCAACGGGACAAAUCCGCAUUGGACAGACUUAUCGGCGAAUGUGAAAACGCAGGAUAUCCUGAGUUGGGGUCUGAUCUCCUGAAAGCUAGAAGCACGCUGGAGAAUUUAGGUGGUGGUCGUGGAGGCACAAUGACAGCGGAAAAUAUACGCGAAAAAUUACGAGAUGCUAUGAUAGAAAAAGAUAAACGCAAACUUGAUAAAAUUCUUAGCAAGUGUGUUGCUGUUGGAUUGCCUGAACUUCAAGAAGAUAUUCAGCAAGCAAGAAGUAUCUCUAACAUCCUUGCAGGUGGUACAGGAGAAAUGCAAUCUCCCGAUUAUCUGCGUGAUAAAUUGUCACAAGCAAUCGUCCAGAAAAAUGUCCAAAGCUUAGAGAGAGCAAUAGAAGAGUGUGAAAUUGCUGCGUAUCCUGAACUUGGAGCUGAUCUCAGAAAAGCAAGAGAUACUCUUGAAAGCCUUACCGGAAAUCGUGGAGGACUGAAAAGUGCUGACACUUUGCGAGAAAAGCUAAAGACAGCAAUGAGACAAGGGGACAAGGAUAAACUUGAAAGUGUUAUUAAUGAAUGUGUUGCUGCAGGCAUGCCGGAAUUGGAUACUCAAGUCUAUAGAGCAAGAGAUGCUUUGCAAACUUUAGAAGAAGAUCUUAAGCGAGGAUUUAAAUUUCCCGAAUUUCUCAGAGAAGACUUAAAAUCUGCCAUUAAGCAUAAGGACCGAGAAUCUUUAGAGAAACUGAUUCGUGAUUGUGAAAGGUCAGGCUAUCCAGAGCUUUCUUCUGACUUACAGAUGGCAAGAGAAGUGCUAGAAAGCUUAGGUGGAGGCCGUGGAGGCGAUAUGACUCCUGCUGCUCUUCGUCAGAAACUUGAUGACGCUAUAAAAAAUAAAGAUAAACGUGCCUUAGAUAGAACAAUACUGGAAUGUAUAUCUGCUGGAAUGCCAGAACUUGAUGAUGAUAUACAUAAAGCCAGAUGUGUAUCGGAUAUUUUUCAUGGCGGUACUGGAGAAAAAGUAUCUCCUGGUGCUUUACGAGAUCAAUUAGCCAAGGCAAUUCGUCAAAAAGAUCUUACAAAUUUAGAUAAAACUAUAAGUGAAUGCGAAAAUGCACUCUAUCCAGAAUUGGGACCAAACCUUCGUAGAGCAAGAGAUGUUCUCGAGAAUCUUGGUGGUGGCCGAGGAGGGACUCUGUCUCCUGACAUUCUGCGAGGAAAGCUAAGGACAGCUUUAAGAAUGGGGGACAAUGCUGAACUUGAAAGUGUAAUUAUUGAAUGUGUUGCAGCAGGUAUGCCUGAACUGGAUUCUGAUAUACACAGAGCACGAGAUGUUUUAGAAGAUUUUGACCAUCGGAAAAAAGUUUCAAAAACGCUCAAUAUAUUGCGAAAAGAUUUAUUGGAAGCCAUUGAAGCUGAAGACAAAGACGCUUUAGAAAACUUAAUAAAAGAAUGUGAAAAUGCAGCAUAUCCAGAGCUUGGAUUCGAUCUAAUUAAAGCCAGAGAUACUUUGGAAAGGUUGGGAGGAGGACGUGGAGGAACUAUUUCCUCUGAUACGUUACGGGAAAGGCUCAAAGAAGCAAUUAAAUUCAAAGACAAACGGGCGUUGGAAAAAUCUAUUGAAGAAAGUGUAGCUGCUGGUAUGCCUGAACUUCAAGAUGACAUUCAGACAGCUAGAAACGUAGCUGAUAUUCUUGGCGGUGGGGCUGGAGGUACUAUUGUCUCUGAUAAAUUAUCUUCUGUGUCAGUAAGAGAUGAUCUCCAGAAAGCUAUUGAGUCGAAAGAUAUCGAUAGAUUAGAAAAGGUAAUCCGAAUAUGUGAAGCGGCAGCAUAUCCCGAAUUAACUUUUGACUUGCAUGAAGCCAAGAAUAUCUUCGAAAAUCUCGGAGGAGAUAAAUCAGUUUCUAAACAACCUGAAAUUCUACGUGAUGAGAUCAAAAAGGCAAUAAAAGAAAAAGAUAAAUCAGCUUUAGAGAGUUUGAUAAAAACUUUUGAAAAUAUAAGACUACCUGAACUCGGUUUGGAUCUCAGUCGAGCAAGAGACGUUUUAAGAAAUUUAGGUGGUGAUUAUGAAGGGAACGUUUCUGUGAAAUCUCUGCGUGAAAAAUUGCAAAAGGCGAUGAAAUCUAAAGAUAAACGUUUGCUAGAUUCCGUCAUAAGAGAAACUGUGGUCGCAGGCAUUCCAGAAUUAGAAACAGACUUACAACAGGCUAGAAACAUGUCUGAUAUUCUUUCAGGUGGCAGUGGAGAUAAAAAGUCUCCUGCCUAUUUGCGCAACCUAUUAUCAAGAGGUAUCAGACAGAAAAAUGCAUCAUGUUUACAAGAGGCUAUUAAUGAAUGCGAAGCAGCUAAAUAUCCGGAAUUAUCCUUUGAUCUGCGCAAAGCCAGAGACGUUUUAGAACAACUCACUGGACAUCGUAGAGGAACACUGACACCUGAGUCUUUACGAGAAAAGUUGAGGGAGGCAGCUGCCACAAUGGAUCAAGACGAAUUGGACAAUGUAAUAAUGGAGUGUAUAGCUGCAGGUCUGCCAGAAUUGGAUGCUGAUAUAGAAAAGGCUCGGCAAAUCUCUCAGGAUUUAGAAAUGCAACGACACAGAGACAUACAAUCUCCAGAUUCAUUGCGAAAGCAACUGGCACUUGCAAUGAAACAAAAAGAUGCCGGUCGCCUUGAAAAACUAAUUGAUGAAUGUGAGGAAACAGGUUAUCCUGAAUUAGGUUCUGAUUUGCGCAAAGCCAGAAUUACGUUGGAAAGUUUAGGUGGAGGACGUGGAGGAAUAAUGUCACCUGAUUAUCUACGAGACAAACUAAAGUCUGCAAUGGAGACUAAAGACAAAGAAGCUUUGGACAGAGCUAUUCGCACGAGUAUUGCAGCAGGAAUGCCUGAUUUGGAAGCUGAUAUACAAGAAGCUAGACGAAUGUCUGAUAUCCUAGCUGGUGGUGAUGGAGAGAGGGAAUGUCCAUUUUAUUUACGAGAUAAUUUGGCCAAAGCUAUCCGAAGCAAAGAUCCACAGGCGUUGAAUGAUGCUAUCAAAAGCUGUGAAGAAGCCGGAUAUCCAGAGCUUGGUUCGGAUGUUCGUAAAGCAAGGGAUGUUCUUGAAAGUCUUGGAGGUGGUCGUGGAGGAACAAAAUCUCCUCUUCAACUAGAAGAAAAUUUAAUAACUGCUAUGAACGCGGGAGACAAAGAAAAAUUAGAACGUGCCAUAAAUGAAAGCAUCGCUGCUGGAAUGCCUGAACUUGACAACACUAUAACUGAAGCUAGAAACAUUCUAGGUGCAUUAAAGGAAUCGCAGGAAAGAGUGCCUAAAUCUGCUGAGAACUUACGUGAGGAACUGAAAAAAGCACUAAGAGAGAAAGACAAACCCGAACUGGAAAGAUUAAUUAUAGAAUGUGAGGCAGCACAGUUAGCCGAACUCGGUCUAGAUCUACGGAAGGCUAGACGAACGUUGCAAAUUUUAGGCGGUGGUCACGGAGGAUCAAUGUGUCCAGAUACCUUAAGGAAAAAACUAAAUGAUGCAAUGAAAUUAAAAGAUAAAAUUACUUUGAAUAAAGCCAUUCGCGAGUGUGUAAUUGCUGGAUUUCCCGAAAUGGAUGCUGACAUACAACAAGCCAGAGAUGUGGCAGAUAAACUUGGUGGUGGCACAGGAGACAAAAAGUCUCCAAUUUUUCUCCGCAACCAAUUAUUAAGAGACAUGAGAAAGAAAGAUCCUGAAAAUUUGAAAAAAUCCAUACAAGAAUGUGAGGAUGCUGGAUACCCUGAAUUGGCAUCUGACCUCCGUAAAGCAAGAGAUGCCCUCGAAAGUCUCGGAGGUGGUCGCGGAGGAAUAUUAUCCCCUUUCGCCCUUCGUGAGGAACUGCAAAAAGCAGUUAUGGAAGGCACCAUAGACGAUAUUGAGGAAAUUCUUGAUAAAUGCAUUGCUGCUGGAAUGCCGGAAUUGGACUCUGAUAUAGAACAUGCCAGAAGCAAACUGGAUGAACGACGAAAAUAUGAAGCUUCUCCAGAUGCAUUGCGUAGAGAAUUACAGAAAGCAGUUGAAGCUGGAAACAUGGCUGCUUUGGAGAAAGCUAUUAGUCAAUGUGAAGAUGCCGGUCAUCCAGAAUUGAGUUCUGAUUUGCGAAAUGCAAGAGAUAUUCUAGAGAGCUUAAGUGAUGGUCGUGGAGGAUCAAUAACACCCGAUUCUUUGCGUAACCAGUUAAAACGUGCUACCACCCAAAAGAACAAAGCAAGUUUGGAAAGAGCUAUUCACGAUGCUGAAGCUGCUGGUUAUCCAGAAGUUGCUUACGAUCUCCAAAAAGCCAGGGAAACUCUUGAAAAACUUGGUGGCGGUCGAGGUGGUAUAAAGACUCCUGAAUCACUCCGCGAAGAAUUGAAACAUGCUAUGAAAGAAGCAGAUGAACCAGCAUUGGCACGGGCUAUCAAAGACGCUACAGCUGCUGGUUUUCCAGAACUGGCAUCUGAUGUACAAAAAGCUCGUGAUAAAUUGGACCAAAUGAGAGGCGGACGUGGAGCAACAAAAUCUGCUGAAUCUCUGAAAAAAAUGCUUCAUGAUGCUGUUGCUAUGAAGAACAAAUCAGCGCUUGAACAAGCUAUCAAGGAAUGUGAAGCUGCAGCUUACCCCGAGUUAUCAUAUGACCUUAGAGAAGCCAGAGAUGCGCUUGAAAAUAUUGGUGGCGGUCGUGGAGGUUCCAAGUCUCCAGAUAUUUUGCGGAACAAACUUAAGUCUGCCAUAAGACAAAAGGAUCCUAUUGCUAUUGAAAAAGCUAUCAACGAAUGUGUUGCUGCUGGGCAGCCAGAACUGACGGGAGAUAUCCAGCAAGCGAGAGAUACUUUAAAUAGUAUCGGAGGUGCACAUAAAGCUCCAAAAUCUCCAUCUCUCUUGCGUGAUCAACUAGACCAUGCCGCUAAACUGAAAGAUAUUGUUGGUCUUGAACGUGCUAUUGCUGAAGCUGAAGCAGCCAAGUCUCCAGAAUUAAGCAAUAAAAUAAAACAAGCCAGAGACCUUCUCGAUUCUUUGGAUGGUGGUGGCAGAUCAAGAAGCUUGUCACCCGAGCAGGUUGGUACUUUCCUUGACCAAAUAAACGCAUCAAUAAUUCAUAAGGACAAACCUAAGUUGGAGAAAGCAAUUGCUGCAGCUGAACCUUAUAGACAUCCUGAGCUGGAACCUCAAAUUCAGAAAGCCAGACCAUUGUUGGAUGCUUUAGAUAUUAAAGAGAAACUCGAAAGUGCUUUCUUGACUGACAACCAGGAAGAUAUUCGACGAUGCGUUAUAGAGAUUGAACAAAAAAAUCUCACCGAUUAUUUGUCUAUUGAAGUGAAUGAGGCUCGAAGCAGGAUCCGCGGUUAUGCAGCCCCUGAUCCCAGUGCCUUUCUUAAUCGUGACGAUGUCAGCAUUGACUCAAGAACUAGUUCUAGAAUGGGCUGGUACAUGCGUUCUGCUGGUUUCUCUCAUGAUCUUCUCAUUAGUGCAUUGGUGGUCCUUGGCGAAUAUGAAAGACAUUCUGAGUCACAGGCAUGGAGAAAUUACCAGCAUUUCUUUGACAUUUCAAAUUCAGACGGCUCCAGUCGUCGUGUGCUUGGUUUUGACAUUGAUCAAAUUUACCAAAACCUGUCUGCCAGAGCUGAUGAAAUACUCACCCGUAACACAACUGACGAAGUUCAGUUGAUGAACAGAAGCGGACAAAUGUCUUAUUCUUGGAGUCGUUCUUUGAACGAACAAAUGAGAGCAUAUUUCCAUAACCUCAACGGUACUACGGGCGGUGGAGAAAGCAGUUUCGGAGAAACUCACAGUAUGUCGCAAAUGUCGGGCACAAGCAGGACAGAAUAUCAAGCUUUUACCGCAAGUCGAGAAUCGUCUCAAGGAAGUGAUAACACUAAUGCCCAUCGACCAGCAACUGAGAGGCAUUCGACUACUUCUUCAGUUCGAUCUGUUAACCGAUCCGGUCCGGCUACUUUCUUUUCACAAAGAAAAUACUAAACAAAUUACGGCACUGAUUCAACUGGAAAAAUGAUACCUUUUUGUUGUUCCUUUAAUUUUGGUUUUCUAUAUUCACAAUGAUAGCAAGUACAAGGAAUAUAUAUUAUUUGAACUAAUAUAACUUUUAUAUCCUCUUUUUAACCUUUUGCAUAUGUAAAGGUAUAACUUUUUACUAAGCAUUUAACCGCAUUCCUUAAAAUAUAUUCAGAUCUACCAUAUCAGUUCAUAUAUAAAGAGAAAGAAGCGAAACCCUACUUUCUCAUAUAUUCUAUAGAGAAGAUAAGUUUUUUAUAAAUUUGUUUUAGUAAUAGAUAAUAUUUCGAUUGUUGAAAAUAAAUAUUAAAAUUUCAGAUCGUUUGGUUUAGAAUUUUUGCAGUUUUCGCACUUCAAAUAGUUAAAGUUUCGUAAUAUUCUAUAUAUUUCAUAUGUAAAUGGCUUGUACCUAAUAUGACAGCAGUUACGCAAAGAAGCAGACUAACACAAUUUAAAACAAUAUUAUACAUUUCUCUUAUUUUUACAAACUUACUUUUGUGAUAAAAAUGAUUGUGGAUACUGUUUCAAUAUUACAAAUUAUUUGAAAGAAGGAAAACACUUGAACUGAAAUUAUUUGAUGGUUAUUGAACAGAUAUGGUAGAUUUUUAUAUUAAUCAUAAUUAUUAUAAUAAAUGAUUUAAAUUACGAUAAUUAUAUACCGAAUAUACUAUUUCAAACCUUCAACAUUUAUAUUUGUUUUCCAUUUUAUUUGCUCAAUUUAUAAAAGUGCCUUCUCUGAAUAAAGUUAAACCUGUAUUGUUUUAAAAAAACGA